AUGGCUUCUGCUACACCAUCUUCACCUUCAACUCCAACUCCCGCAGCUGUGGUUCCAGCUGCGGGAAAUGUACCACCGGCUGCAACACCGCAAGAUGGGAUGAAACCAUCGGUUGUUGUCAUAUCAGCACCAAUCCCACCCAAUAAACCAAAUGAGCCAGCAUUUCAACUGAAAAUUGAGCCAGAUACAAGACUGGAAUUCAGAAGUGACAAAUUAACUGAGGAACCGUGUCAGAUUGAAGUUAAAUUGACAAAUCCAACAAAGGACAGACAAACAUUUAAGGUGAAAUGCACAUCGAAUGAAAUUUUUCGGGUACGCCCAUCGCUUGGAUUUUGCAAUGCCGAAACUUCGACAUCAAUUAAAAUUAUAUUUUCAAGUAAAACGAUACCUGCUAGUGGAAGACAUUAUUUUGCAUUUUAUCAUAUGAAAAAUGAUGAGACGGAAAAGACUGCUCGGCAAGUUUGGACACCGCAAUCAAAGUUUGAAGGUGUACGUCGUAUUAUGGUUUACUUCCUGAAAGGUGACGGAACUCCAGCUCCACCUACUGAUAAUGCAGCACUUCCUGCCGGUGGUGGUGCACAAGCGGCUGCUACACCGGCGGCAAAUGCAUCUACUCCAGUUGCAGCUCCGGAUACAAAACAACCAGCUGCGGAUGCGAAAGAAGCAGCUGCGGAUGCAAAAGAAUCGCCUGCUGCAGCGAAGUGA